AGCCGAGCUGCAGCCAUGGGCCGGGCCCGGCCGGGCGAGCGCGGGCCCCCCAACCCCGGCCCCGCCGCACCGCCCGCGCCGCCUGCGCCCUCGCCGCGCUGCGCUCGCGCCGUGGCGCUGCUCGGGGCCCUGCUCGCCGCCGCCGCCGCGGCCGCCGCUGCCCGGGCCUACGGCCGCUACACUGAGGCCCAGGCGGCCGCGCGGCAGCAGGAGUCGGCGCUGAAGGCCCUGGGGACAGAAGGCCUCUUUCUCUUCUCCUCGUUGGACACGGACCACGACAUGCACAUCAGCCCCGAGGAGUUCAAGCCCAUCGCAGAGAAGCUGACAGGGUCAAGUCCCACGGCCAGCUACGAGGAGGAGGAGCUGCCGCCUGACCCCAGCGAGGAGACACUCACCAUAGAAGCGCGAUUCCAGCCUCUGCUCCCAGAGUCCAUGACCAAGAGCAAAGAUGGAUUCCUAGGGGUCUCCCGCAUGGCCCUGUCCGGCCUCCGCAAUUGGACAGCCGCAGCAUCGCCAAGUGCCGUGUUUGCCGCCCGCCACUUCCGGCCCUUCCUUCCCCCUCCGGGCCCGGCGGAGCUGGGCGAGCCCUGGUGGAUCAUCCCCAGCGAGCUGAGUGUCUUCACCGGCUAUUUGUCCAACAACCGCUUCUACCCGCCACCGCCCAAGGGCAAGGAGGUCAUCAUCCACCGGCUCCUGAGCAUGUUCCACCCUCGGCCCUUCGUGAAGACCCGUUUCGCCCCUCAGGGGGCCGUCGCCUGCCUGACUGCCAUCAGCGACUUCUACUACACCGUGAUGUUCCGGAUCCACGCCGAGUUCCAGCUCAGCGAGCCACCCGACUUCCCCUUCUGGUUCUCGCCCGCCCAGUUCACCGGCCACAUCAUCCUCUCCAAAGACGCCACCCACGUCCGAGACUUCCGGCUCUUCGUGCCCAACCACAGGUCUCUGAACGUGGACAUGGAGUGGCUCUACGGGGCCAGUGAGAACAGCAAUAUGGAGGUGGACAUUGGUUAUAUACCCCAGAUGGAGCUGGAAGCCACAGGCCCCUCGAUACCCUCUGUGAUCCUGGACGAGGACGGCAACAUGAUUGACAGCCGCCUGCCCUCGGGGGAGCCCCUCCAGUUUGUGUUUGAGGAGAUCAAGUGGCAGCAGGAGCUGAGCUGGGAGGAGGCCGCACGGCGCCUGGAGGUGGCCAUGUACCCCUUCAAGAAGGUCACCUACCUGCCAUUCACCGAGGCCUUUGACCAAGCCAAGGCCAAGAACAAGCUGGUGCACUCGAUCCUGUUGUGGGGGGCCCUGGAUGACCAGUCCUGCUGAGGUUCGGGGCGGACUCUCCGGGAGACGGUCCUGGAAAGUUCGCCCAUUCUCGCCCUCCUCAACGAGAGCUUCAUCAGCACCUGGUCCCUGGUGAAGGAGCUGGAGGACCUGCAGAAUGACCUGGAGAACCCGUCCCACAAGGAGCUGGCCGACCUGCACCUGGAGAAGUACAGCUUCCCAGUGGAGAUGAUGAUCUGUCUGCCCAACGGCACCGUGGUCCACCACAUCAACGCCAACUACUUCCUGGACAUCACCUCCACGAAGCCUGAGGACGUCGAGAACAGCGCCUUCAGCUUCUCGUCCACCUUCGAAGACCCGUCCACGGCCACCUACAUGCGGUUCCUGCAGGAGGGCCUGCGGCGCGGCCUGCCCCUCCUCCAGCCCUAGAGCGGCGGCCCCACUGGGGCCCCGAGGAGCCAGGCCGAGGGCAGAGCUGCAGAGAAGAGGGACUCCAGCAACGACGGACAGGCCCCUCCGUCCGUGGCCGCAGCCCUCGCUGCCCUCCUGUGUCUGGUGUCCUCCAUGGGGUCGGUCUCAGCGGGGACAGCCAUCUGGAGGCUCUGGGCAGCACCCGUCCUUCGGAAGGGGAAACCAUUCGGUCCCCCAGAACUCAGCUCCCCAGACCAGUCUGUCCGACCUGAUGACAGGACCCCCACACCGUCUGGGGACCCGCCAGAGGCCAGCUGUCUGGAGAGGUUUGCUGUGCAGCAGGCCGCUGCCCUUGGCCAGGGGCUCCACCGGGGAGGCCCUGAGGCCCAGGCCCGAGGCGUCCCCGAGCCACCGCAGCACCAGGUCACAGCAGGGCGCUGGAGCCAGAGCCCUGGUCCUGCUCCUGCCCUGAGACCUCGGCUCCACGGGAGCGCAGCCCAGCCGAGGGGCAGAGCCUCCCCAGAGCCGGCACCAUCCCGGCGGCCAGGGCGGCCCCAACCAGCCUGUCCACUGCUGGGCGGCUGCUGACCCUCCUUGGCCCCUCUUAGGGUCUCAGUUCCUAUCCCCAGCCACUGACCACGGCCAGUCUCUUUUUUAUACACGCAGAGAAGUGUUUUUAUGUGACCUUUCUCACAGUUUGUAGGUAUUUUUGAUAACCCCAGCGCUAAGGAGGAGGACGGGGCAAAGGCUCCCUCCAGCAGCUGCCCCAUGACGGCUGGGUCUGAAACCCUGGAUGGACCCAGUUCGAUGUCUUCGCAGUUGCACAUGGGGGAAGAAACACGCCUCUCUUCCUUCUCUUCCAGUUUUUU